GUUGUGUGUCAGCUGAUCCACUCGGGCUGGCGAGGAAGAGAAUUAGCAGCAGGAAAACACACCAGCGUUGGCUACGUUGAACCAUGGCCGCGGAGAUUCAUUCGAGGCCUCAGAGCGCCAGGCCGGUUCUUCUGAACAAAAUCGAGGGACACUCAGACGCUGUCACGGCUGCUGUUUUAAUCGCAAAGGAGGACGGAGUGAUCACAGUCAGCGAAGACAGAACCAUCCGAGUGUGGCUGAAAAGAGACAGCGGACAAUACUGGCCGAGUAUCUUCCACACAGUCUCCUCUCCCUGCUCUUGUAUGUCAUAUCACCAUGACAGCAGACGCAUCUUCAUUGGCCAAGAUAAUGGAGCUGUUGUGGAGUUUCUCAUCUCUGAAGAUUUCAACAAAAUGAGCCAUGUAAAAACAUAUCCUGCUCACCAGAAUCGCAUUUCUGAUAUGGUGUUUACCCUGGAGAGCGAGUGGUUGGUGAGCACCGGCCAUGACAAGAGUGUGAGCUGGAUGUGCACGCAGAGCGGCAGCAUGCUGGGGAGACACUACUUCACUUCCUGGGCCUCCUGCCUUCAAUAUGAUCAUGAGACCCAGCACGCCUUUGUUGGUGAUUACUCAGGACAGAUCACACUGUUGAAGCUGGAGAAGCAGACCUAUUCUAUUAUUACUACACUAAAGGGUCAUGAAGGCAGCAUAGGAGCUUUGUGGUGGGACCCCAUCCAUAGGCUACUCUUCUCAGGGGCGUCCGACCACAGCGUCAUCAUGUGGGACAUAGGGGGACGCAAAGGGCGCACCUUACUGUUGCAUGGACACCAUGAGCGUGUCCAGGCUCUGUGCUACAUGCAGCUGACCAGGCAGUUGAUGUCGUGCUCAGCUGACGGAGGUAUCGCCGUGUGGAACAUGGACACAGCCAGAGAGGAGGCUCCUCAGUGGUUGGAAAGCGACUCUUGUCAGAAGUGUGAGCAGCCUUUCUUUUGGAAUGUCAAGCAGAUGUGGGACACCAAGACAUUGGGACUCAGACAGCACCAUUGCAGGAAGUGUGGCAAAGCUGUGUGUGGGAAAUGUAGUUCUAAACGCUCCACAUAUCCAAUCAUGGGCUUUGAGUUCCCAGUGCGGGUGUGCGACGCCUGUUUUGACUCUAUUAAGGAAGAAGAUCGAACUCCGUUGGCCACAUUCCAUGAGGGGAAACACAACAUCGCUCGCAUGCACAUGGACCCAUCCAGAGGCCUGAUGGUCACCUGUGGAAGUGACCGCAUUGUGAAGAUCUGGGACAUGACGCAGGUGGUUGGCUGUAGCUUAGCAACAGGCUUUUCUCCUCGCUGAUUGGGUCCGGCCCCUCUUCCGGUGUCAUGGAAACCCCUCUCUCUGUACAGUGCAUCAUCGCCAUCAUGCCUGGACUCUCCAGCUCCUGGGGGAUGUUCGUGUGAGUGCGUGUGAGUGCGUGUGAGUGCGUGUGAGUGCGUGUGAGUGCGUGUGAGUGCGUGUGAGUGCGUGUGAGUGCGUGUGAGUGCGUGUGAGUGCGUGUGAGUGCGUGUGAGUGCGUGUGAGUGCGUGUGAGUGCGUGUGAGUGCGUGUGAGUGCGUGUGAGUGCGUGUGUGUGCGUGUGUGUGCGUGUGUGUGCGUGUGUGUGCGUGUGCGUGCGUGCGUGCGUGCGUGCGUGUGUGUGCGUGCGUGCGUGUAUGCGUGUGUAUGCUAGUAACGUAUGUCUCGGCAGUCCCUUUUUCAUUUGGAAUGAUCUUUUCAUUUUCGCACUACAUGAAUGUGUGAUGGCUUCUUUAGCACACACACACCCCAGCACUAAGCACAACAGUUAGUGUAAACGUGUGCAUGUACUCUAAUGUCUCCUCCUGUGGGACGAGUGUUGAUAUUAGUGUUUACAUUUAAUACUUCUGAUACUUUUUUGUGGCUUUUUUAAGUAUCGGUACUGUAAUGUUGACAAAUUCCAGACUUGCCAUGGCGUACUUCUGUUGCAUCUGUGUAGAAAAGACCACAUGUAGUCAAAUGUAGACCUUCCGAUCACAUGUUAUUUCCCACUUUAGAUGAUUUUGCGUCUUUUUCACCAGUUGGCCUUAAACCGCACUCAGGAGGUUUUACAUCAAUGGAUUAUCACCCUCUCUUUUUUUGGUUGUUGUUACCAUGGCCACCUUGUCACGUGUAAAUCCCUCAUAUUGUGAGUAUUUAAAGCGGUGCUAAUGCUGACCCCGCGUCCCCCUCCAUAACUGGGAGUGCGUUGCUAUAGCAACAGGUCAUCUUUGCAAAGUCUCCCAUGCUUCUUUUUUUUUCUUUUUGCAGCAGCAUCAUUAAGCACUUGCUAAGGUGUAAAAAUGUAAAGAUCUCACUGACCUGUUUGUGAGCAGGCCUUGUGAAUGUAAAACAUGCAUUAUUCAAUGAGGGAUCAUUCCAUUUAUCAUAACGCACUUGGUUCACAUGAAAUGUCGACUUUCCAGCCCUGAUCUUAACUGUUCCAUCAGCCGCCUUAAAGAGAGAAGGGCACAUUCUCGUAGCUGUUUUCUUUUCUCUUGCCAUCAACGUCUGGAUGUCUUUUGGUUUGAGUCAUGUUUUUUUUUUCCACCUCUCCCUUACCCCCUCAUAUUGUUCUAUAAACUCACCCCUGCACUGAAUUGCACAAACCCUUCACUUUCUUUGCUAGUUGAUAUGUGAGUACAAUUCUAAUGUCUAGAUGUCUGCCCCGAUGUCCAAAUGUAAUCACUUUCCACUUUUGCAUUAUGUAGUGUAUAUUCAUAUUUGUAGUAAAAUAUUUAUUAUCCAUGUAAA